CUCACCACCUUCCUUCUCCACAAAUCCAUUUCCAAAUUCUGCAAAAAAUAUCUCCCAAUUCUCGACUUCUUGGAUUCCGAAAUGACGGAUGAAAAGAAACCCGCUGAACCACCUGCUCCGAUCGAUACAAAACCGCCUGCUCCGGUCGAUCAAACGCCUCCUGCUCCGAUUGAUCCAACCCCUCCUGCUCCAGUCGAUCAAACCCCUCCUGCCCCGCUCGAUUCAACACCGCCUGCUCCGGUCGAUCAAACGCCUCCUGCCCCGGUCGAUUCAACACCGCCUGCUCCGGUCGAUUUAACACCACCUGCUCCGGUUGAUCCAACCCCGACUUCUCCAGUCGAUCCAACCCCUCCUGCUCCGGUCGAUCAAACGCCUCCUGCUCCGGUUGAUAUAACCCCUCCUGCUCCGGUCGAUCAAACCCCUUCUGCCCCUGUCGAUUCAACACCGCCUGCUCCGGUCAAUCAAAACCCUCCUGCUCCGGUUGAUAUAACCCCUCCUGCUCCGGUCGAUCAAGCCCCUUCUGCUCCUGUCGAUUCAACACCGCCUGCUCCGGUCAAUCAAACCCCUUCUGCUCCGGUCGAUCAAACCCCUCCUGCUCCGGUCGAUCAAACCCCUCCUGCUCCGGUUGAUAUAACCCCUCCUGCUCCGGUCGAUCAAACCCCUUCUGCUCCGGUCGAUUCAACACCGCCUGCUCCGGUCAAUCAAACCCCUUCUGCUCCGGUCGAUCAAACCCCUCCUGCUCCGGUCGAUCAAACCCCUUCUUCUCCGGUCGAUUCAACACCGCCUGCUCCGGUCAAUCAAACCUCUUUUGCUCCGGUCGAUCAAACCCCUCCUGCUCCGGUCGAUUCAACACCGCCUGCUCCGAUUGAUCCAACCCCUCGUGCUCCGGUCGAUCAAACCCUUCCUGCUCCGGUCAAUAAAACCCCUUCUGCUCCGGUCGAUCAAACCCCUUCUGCUCCGGUCGAUCAAACCCCUCCUGCUCCGGUCGAUCAAACCCCUCCUGCUCCGGUCGAUGAAAUCCCUCCUGCUCCGGUCGAUAAAACCCCGCCUCCCGAGGAGAAGGUGACUGCACAGGAAAUGUGCGACGCGCUCUACAACUUACCGUGGAGUUCGAUUUUCGCUCCCUAUCCUCAUAUUGAAUAUCAAGGAGGAACGAAUUUCAUAUAUUGUGAUAGUUCUUCCACUGAUGGCAGUAGUAGUGAAGACGAUGACAUAGCUCCAGUUGUUGACUUGGCGAACCAUCCUGAACUCCCAUUAUGUGAGACCGGGCCUUCAUCUCCGGUUCUAUCACCUACGGAAAGGGCUGAUACACAAAAUCUUGUUUACGCCCGGUUAUGUGAGACAUGGCUUUUAUCUCCGGUUCAUUCACCUACGGAAGGGGCCGUAACAGAAAAUCUAUCCGAUCAUUUAUGUAAGAUCGGGUCUUCAUCUCCGGUUCUUUCGCCUACGGAAGGAGCCAUUGCAGAAAAUCUACCCGAUCAUAAAUGUGAGGCCGAGCCUUCAUCUCCUGUUCUUUCACCUCUGGAAGGGGCCGUAGCAAAAAAUCUAUCCGAUCAUCUGAUAUCUGAGACCGCGCCUUCAUCUCCGGUUCUUUCACCUCCGGAAGGGGCCGUAGCAGAAAAUGUAUCCGAUCAUAUAUCUGAGACCGGAUCUUCAUCUCCUGUUCUUUUACCUCCGGAAGGGGCCGUAGCAGAAAAUCUAUCCGAUCAUAUAUCUGAGACCGGGUCUUCAUCUCCGAUUGUUUUACCUCCGGAAGGUGCCAUAGAAGAAAAUCUACCCGAUCAUAAAUGUGAGAUUGCGCCUUCAUCUCCGGUUCUUUCACCUCCAGAAGGGGCCGUAGCAGAAAAUCUAGAUCAUAUAUCUGAGACCGGAUCUUCAUCUCCUGUUCUUUUACCUCCGGAAGGGGCCGUAGCAGAAAAUCUAUCUGAUCAUAUAUAUGAGACCGGGUCUUCAUCUCCGAUUGUUAUACCUCCGGAAGGUGCCAUAGCAGAAAAUCUACCCGAUCAUAAAUGUGAGACCGCGCCUUCGUCUCUGGUUCUUUCACCUCCAGAAGGGGCCGUAGCAAAAACUCUAUCCGAUCAUAAGCAGUUACCUGCGACUGGGGCUUUAUCUCCGGUUUUUUCACCUCGGCUAUUGGCCAUAGCAGAAACUCUAUCCGAUCAUAUAUGGGAGAACGGGCCUCCGUCUCCAGUUCUUUCAUCCCUGGAAGGGGACAUAGAAAAUGAACCUUAUUAUAGAGAUGAUUCGGAAGAUGUUGAUAGAUAUGAUCCAUAUGUGUUCUUUCGUAUAGGAGCUGGGCUGCUGAAUAUGGACAAUAUAUGCUUCAUGAAUUCGGUUUUGCAAUGCUUGGUGCAUACUGUGCCAUUUUAUGAGGCCAUUAUGUACCAAAAUAACCCAUUGCUGUGUGUUUGUCCCAAUGGAAAGUUUUGUAUAAAGUGCAGCCUCGAAGAGCUAUUUCGAUCACUUACUUCAGGAAGGAAAUAUUUUGUGCCUCAGACACUAGUCCAGAAUUUAAGCCACAUUUCACCUACCUUCAAAGUGGGUCGACAGGAGGAUGCUCAUGAAUUCCUUUUGAAUUUAUGGAAUAAACUAAUGGAGUGUGACAAGUAUCGUGACGAUAUGGAUAAUGAACAUAAAAUCUUUGUGGCACGACUGUUUGGUGGCCGUCUUGUCAACAAGGUCAUGUGUUCAUGUGGUAAGAUUUCUAGUAAGACAGAGGAUGUAUGGGACCUGCAAUUACCUAUCGAGAAUUCGGACACUCUCAUCGGUGCUCUGCAAGCUUAUAUAGUAACAAUAGUACCUGACUUUCGCUGUGAAAAUUGUGGGAAUGAAGGUAUCGUACAGAAAAUUGACCUGGAUCGGCUUCAACCUGUUGUCACGUUUCACCUGAAGAGGUUUGACAGACUGAACAACAAAAUCAAAAAGCAUGUGUCAUUUCCACCUCAGUUGGACUUGAAGCCUUUCACUCCUAGAAAAGUGACUUUUCCCUUCACUAGUGUAGGCAAAAUGCAUAUAUACUACGAGCUCUAUGCUAUUGUAGUGCAUGAAGGGGAGACACCAGUCGCAGGUCAUUACUACAGCAUUAUUCGCUUGAACGCCAAUGAGUGGUACAAAUAUGAUGAUUCACGAAUUACAGCUGUAGAUGAAGAAGAAGUUUUCAAGCAGAUGGCCUAUAUUCUUUUCUAUCGUCCGGCCGACUCGACCAGCUUUACAGAUGCCGUUCGAGCUCUGCGAUCAGAGCGUGCACGGGGUGAUAAAAAGGGAAAAUGGCAGAUUCAGAAACGAAGGAGAUAAAAAAUAUGCUUGGUUAGGAAGUGAUCCUCUGUCAAGUAGAGAUUUUGGAAAUGCAACAUAGGCUAUUGUUUGAAUAUUAUCUCUUGAUUCAAUACCCAAUAUAUACUUUAGGCAAUUCAUUGUGAGGAAAAUAAUUGCAGUAUUUGUUGGUUUCAGAAAAUAAGUGAAGUUUGAUUGGAAAUGAAAGUUGAAACA